GUUUGUCAUACACGGUCGAAAGCGCAAGAACGAUAUCCCGCGCGUCUCGCGAAUUACAGAGAAUCCUAUAUAUAUAUUUCUAUCUGACUCGAUUAAUAAACGAUAUUUAUCUAAUUUUAUCUUUGAAGUAAUAUAUAUAUAUAUAUAUAUAUACAUAUAUACACAUAUAUAUAUAUAUAUACAGAACGAUAGAUACCAACGAUUAUCUAAAGAUUUUACGUGUGAAUCGAAAGAAAAAAGAAAAAAAAAAAAUUACGGAUUAGUACGUCCCAACGUAGUCUCUCCUCUCACUUCGGCAUUACAACGGCGUGCUUGUAUAUAUACGUUUACGUUUGUCCCUAUCUACGUAUGCGUGAAGUUUAUCUGUGUGUGUGUAUGUGUAUAUAUAUAUAUAUACAUAUAUAUAUUAUCAAGUAUGUGUGUAUGUGCUGUUUUAUCUCAGGAGUGAAUUUAUUAAAGUUUACGAAGUGCAGGAUUAUGUGACUGACGAUCAACGGCCAGCGGGGGGGCGGGGGGCGGCGGUGGCGGCUGCUUUGACGAGUGGAAGACAGACACCUUGAUCGAAGGGAAAAGAGAAAAAGAACGAACAGUUGGGAAUUUUUUAAAGUGAGAGAAAGACAGAGAGAGAGAGAGAGAGAGAGAGAGAGAGAGAAAGAGGACGAAAUAAUUUCGAGAUCACCUCCGUGCGAUUAAAACAGAGAGAAAGAGAUAGAGGAAUGGAUAGAAAUUGAGAAAGAAGAGUACUAGGGAAAAUGUUAAGGGAUGAUCGUCGAUGGGCGUGGGCGCAACAGUUGCGUGGGUAUGCGCGUUUGCCGAAGGUGUACGAGGGUGUACGAGGGAGUGAAAGGGAGAAGGAUGGUGGUGGUGCACGUAGAGUGGAAGGGGGGUUGGAAACCGGCAACCGAUGACGUGCCUCAGUACUCAUCUAGCAUCCUAGCCGCGAACAACCCUUUUCGUCGAAUCUCCGAACGUCGGUUCGCGUUGUUACGUCGGCUUUUUGGCCGAAUUAUAUAUUCUCUUCUCUAAGAGAGUAGUCGCCGAUGAAUCUUGAAUUUUCUUCCGAGUCAUUCGAGAGAAAGAGAUAGAAAAGGAGAGAGAGAGAGAGAGAGAGAGAGAGAGAGAGAGAGAGAGAGAGAGAGAGAGAGAGAGAGAGAAGUGAAAAAAGACAUAGAAAAAAAAAAGAAGAAGAAGAAGAAGAAGAAGAAAAAAGAUCAGAGAGUUUAUUGGCAAGGUGACGACGAAGAAAAUGACCAAGUGGUGGAGCAUGAAUAAGUGUUAAAUUUACUGUGAACUUUAAAAGCGUAACGAAUAGAAAGAAAUAAAGAAAAAAAAAAAAAGAAAAGAAGAAAAAAAAAAAAGAAAAAUAAUAAAACGAUUCGAUAAUAAAUACGUGUGUGUGUGUGUGUGUACGUAUCUCUCUCUCUCUCUCUCUCUCUUUUUUUUUGUUGUCAUCAUCGUUGUUGUAUAUCCUUCACAUACGUACACAUAUACACACAUACAUACAUAUAUAUAUAUAGUAUAUAUAUAUAUAUAUAUGUAAGUGCGUGCGUUACGACGUCUCUUCGUCGUCAUCACUCGUACGUGUGAUAUGGUAAUGGUGGUGGUGUUCAUAGUAUUAAGAGACACACGAUGCAAUUGAUGAUCUUGAACUCCCUAUUGAUGUUCGAUCUCGUGUUCCUGUUUUUCCUCUUCCUCAUUGGAGUAUCUUGCUUCGUCUAUUAUCUACCAGGCACUCGGCCCCCACCUUUUGCACCUCACGAGAUCAUCACGGCUAGAACGCCGCCGCGUUACGACACGCCUAUCGACAAUGUUUAAGAAUGCAAACGGACGUCAAUGGAGGAGGCGCAGGGCUCGCUGUAGUUGCCGGAGAUGUUCUUGCCUUGCGAGGUACGGGUCUCGCUGCUGCGGAAACCUGGGCUCUCCUUUGUCAGGCUGCCCAGGCCCUCCAGGAUCUCUUUCUUUCGAUAGACGGUGGUGUCGUGGGUGGUUCACGAACGGGCCCGGUAGUCACUCCUCACACUUUGGAGUUGACACCACGCGGUAGAGUUUUCUUGCAACUUGCACCGCCGGAAACCGCACGAGCAUAUCUGCCGCCGGAAUAUCGACCGGGCCGUGUAUACUCGGACACGGAAUCGGAAAAGAUGUGGAUGUAUUCGUUAGGAAGAGCAUUGCUGGACACGACACCAAGAGUAGCGGCUUUAACUGGUACGGUCUCGGUCUCACCCUCGUCAGCCCUUCAGUCGGUUCUAGCGGCCAUGACAGAACCUGAUCCUCGUCGACGUGCCUCUCUGAUGAAUCUUCUUGACGUGAUAUCGGAAUACUGCCGUACCCGUCUGCAAUCGAAACCCUUCACUCACAUUGUCAUGGACAUGUAUAGAGAAGUAGUGAGAUCGGCACAGUACGCUGCAAGAAAACGUGCGGCCUAUAAUCGUUUGAACGGUUUACCAACAUUGAGUAAUCCGAUCGAACGAUCUCAUAAAAAUUAUCAGAUACAGCAGCAACACGAUCAUCAACGUCAACAACAGCAGCAACAGCAAUUACAGCAGCAGCAGCAGCAGCAGCAGCAAAUUCAUCAACACGGUCAAAACGAGAACAGAGCGGAGAACGUGCAAACCGAGGAACAGAAUUUAAAACAAUUACGACGUUCGAAUGAACAAUUUCAUCAUCAGCAACAACAACAACAACAACAACAACAACAAAAUAGGCAACAGGAAUCCAUAAAUCCUCAGAGCCAAGUUAAUCAGCUUUUCCCAAAGACCCAACAAGAUCAACAUUAUCAUCAUAAUCAUAAUCCUAAUCCUAAUCCUAAUCAUAAUCAUUAUCAUCAUCAAAAGGGUGCUCUUUUUAAAACGCAGUCGCGUAAUUCACGUUCUCAUCCGAAUCUAACGAGUCUCUGUAGCCAACAACAACAACAACAACAACAACAACAGCAACAGCAACAGCAGCAGCAUCAACAGCAGCAUCAUCAAGAACAUCUGCAUCAGCAGAAACAUCAGAGACGAACGGAAAUGACUUUGAGUAAUUGCAGAGCACAAUUUCAAUCUCAGUUGGAUAUUCAAACGAGUGGUAGACCUUCCGUGACUAUACCGAGUCACAGUCAUCAUCAUUUACAUUAUCAACAACAACAACAACAACAACAACAACAACAACAACAUCAACACCACCAACAGCAACAGCAUCUUCACCAUCAGCAACAACAGCAGCAACAGCAGCAGCAACUUCAACAGCACAAUCACAAUCACAUGCGAGCCUAUUCUCAACCUGUUUCUACUCGGCUUCAACAGACAAAGAGCAGUGGCAAUCUGCCCAUCAUCUUCUCCGAGUACGCUCCCACGGGAAACCUUUACAACGAUCCAAUAUAUGCAUUGCCUGUUAAACCGUUCCUUAGCUCGCAGGAUGUCCGUGUGAAUGGAUUCUCUGCAAAGACGCCUGCACCAGUUCGGAGAAAGGACAACGUUUACACGUCUAACGCAACGACGAACAGUAACAACGUAAACGGCGGAAGACCAUCGAAUGGCGUCUGGGACUCAAAAGCUGACGAUAUUUAUGAAAGGACCAAACCCAGCUUGGAAAGGCAAAAUUCAAAUCCUCAGUUAUCUAACAGAGAUCAACAACAACAACAACAACAACAACAACAGCAACAGCAACAUUUACAACAGCAACAACAAUCUACAGAAUUUAAAAGACUUUCCCAACCAAAUAUUGUCACGAAUGACCAUCGAAUCCCAAUAAAUGAGGAACAAAUGAUCCAACAACAAAAUCCAUUGUCUUCCAUAAGAACAAGAGGUGCUCAAGGACCACCAAAACCACCACGUAUUAUUACCACAUUGAGAAAGGCACCGCUCUCAGAUAUGGAAAGUAAUAAUCAAUCGGCUGAACCACCUGCCAAACCGCCAAGAAAUAUAGUGAGAAAUGGUCCGAGAGCACGACGUGGUAAAGCAGUUCAAAGGGCACCGUCGCGACUCUACAGGACCAUAGGCGGACCAAUGAGGUCAUUUAAUAAGGCACAAUGCGUAGGACCAGAAUUUGUUGUUCGUGCGAAUCAACCACCAAAGACAUUGUCCGUCGGUCAAGUUAAGGGCGGCGGCAAUUUAAAUCGUAUAGUUGUAAUAAUGUUGACUGGUCAACGCAUGGAAGUAACUUGCGAUCCACAAAAGAUAACUGCCGGGGAUUUGUUUCAGGCUAUAGUACAAGCGGAAAAUCUCGAGGAGAAUUUUACUUUAGGACUGGCCGUAUUAUUGGCCGGUGACUUUGCCAUUUUGCCACCCGAAACAAAAUUGAACAAAGUUGCCCCGCCUGGUUGGUUAAACGGUGGUAAAACUAGUAAGGGUUCUUUGGGCCUACCGACAAGUUUCAUGCUAUAUCUAAGGCUACGCUUUUUUCUACCUUCCCUUCGUGGUAUUAGAAAUUGGAUAUCGAAACACUUGCUCUAUCUUCAAAUAAGACGAUGCAUACUCGAGCAACAACUGAUAUGUUCCUAUUCCGAGUUAAUUUAUCUAACAGGUCUGGCACUUCAAGUCGAAUUUGGAAAUUACAAUGCCAACGAACACGGUUGCGGUGAUUAUUUUUUAUUGGAACAUUACGUACCGGAAUCAUUGAUAUUAAACAUGGAUCAGCAUCAGUCUAAUGUUAAUGCCGAAGCUUUGCGUUUACAACUACAACAGGCUCAUAGGGAUCGUCGUGGUUUGGAUUCGAACAAGGCCGAGGAAAUGUUCAUAACGCAUUCCCAAUCCUUGCAGGAUUAUGGAUCGCAUUAUUACAUAGCCAGUGUCGAUUCGAAGGAACUCGAAAAGGUUAUGGCACAAGAGAAAAAACGUAAGAUCAAUGAGGAUAAAAGACGUAGUUGCGAGGGUGCACGCAAUGAAAAUAUUUACGGACAGGAGAUGAUUACUACUGCUGCUGGUACUGCUACUGCUACUACUGCUACUACUACUACUACUACUACUAUAUAUGGUAGAAUUGAAAAUCUACCUGGUCCUAACUCUUCCGAUAAUAUUCCUAAAACGCGUUACAACGACGAACGUAAAUCCGACAUUGGCAAUACAAGAACAAAUAAAAAUUUCAACGUAAACCCAUCCGAACAAAUCUGUUCGAAACAAAUUACAUGCGGACUAUUAAGGAAAGAUCCUUGCAUAAAUAAUAAUAAUAAUAUUAAUAAUAAUAAUAAUAAUAAUAAUAAUAACAAUAAUAAUAAUAAUAAUAAUAAUAAUAACAAUAACGUUAAUAACAACAGCAAGAAUAAGACGUCAAAGACGAAGAAAAGUGAUAGUAACGUUUGGUUGGCCAUUCAUGCUCAAGGUUUAAAACUUUUCGAAAGAGGCGGUGAGCCUAGAGAAAGAAUGGAAUUAGCUCAAUUUCAAUGGAGAGACAUUCAAACGUUGAGCUACAACAAGAAUUGUUUGGUCGUUUACACGAAAUUAAAUGGUAAACGGUGCAAAUUCAAAUUACGUAUGGAUCACAGGAAAAGUUACUUCGCUUUCAAACUGACCUCGUUACAUCAUCAGUUCUUCCUUAAAUUACGUUCAGAGCUUACGUCACUUCAGGGACUUGCGAAAGAUUUUGGAAUUCCAAUGACAGUCGAGACGUCGUCUGGCUCGCCUGCAAAAAUGAAAAACACCGAUGGAAAAACAAAAAUAACGAUAGCCGCCAAUACAGUUAAGUUACAUACAAAAUUGUGUUAUCCGAUGCAAUUGGAGGAAUAUCAAAACAAAGAGAAUGAAAAUCCUCAAAAGGAUGCAAACGCAAUGGCUCAAAAUCAGGAUAAUAAUCAUGCGUUUUAUUCAUCGGAAGAGGAUGCUCUAUAUGCACAAGUUAAUGUUAGAUUAGAACCCGAAGGUGAAUCGCGUGACACCGAGGACGAGUCCGAGGGUGAUCUGAUGAAUCCAAACGAACCGCCGAUAAUCACGUUGGAUAUCAAAGAAAGGGAUAGGGGUACGAUUUAUGCCUGUUCGAGGAUCAAAACUGACAAUACAGUUGAGUGCGUUUAUUCAUUGCCAAAAAUUAUGUCGACCAAUGACAUCGAUCAUUUGAAUGAAAAGUCUGAUAAUCCUGAGGAACUUUAUGCCGCAAUCAAUAAGGCAGGCCUAUCGAGAAAGAAAAAUUUUCCUGUUCCCGAGGAGGUCUGGGAAGUGGCCGACGUAAAAAAGACAAUACACAAAAUGAAAACGUCGAGUUUGCCGAAUUACGGGACGCCAAGGCAAAGUACUGGUUUUCGCACGCCUAGCUUACCACGUCGAUUAGGUGUUAAAAUGGGUACUCGUGCAAUCUACAGUAGUCUCGUACAAAAAGAUGCCGCUCUUACCGACGAUACUGCUGAGUCGGUAUCUCUAAAGUCUGACACGGAAUCGUCGAUAAGGUCAUUUUCAGCUAGAUCGACGGAGUCACCUUUGCCUGAAGCUUACGUACUCAACGCAGACAUAAGAACGGACGAUGAAACUUUUCACGUACCCGAAGAAGAAUCUAUAUCGGCCUCAUUGAUGGCACGUUUGGAAGAAUUGUCCUUCGCCGAGGAAAGGAUUUUACAUACUAUCAAAUUAGAAAGAGGACAUGGUGGUAGUAUAGGUUUACAAGUUACCGAAGGUAACGAUGGUGGUGUCUACGUUCAAGCAGUAUCGGUUGGUGGUUCUGCUGAUAUGGCCGGUAACGUUAACAAAGGUGAUAGGAUCGUAGCCAUAAACGGACAGAAUUUAUUGAAUCUUCGAUACGAGGACGCUUUGAAGAUGUUACAAAGUUCAUCGGAAACCGUUGAGCUUGUUCUUUCUCAACCGGAUUCGCGAAAAAAAUUAGAUAUUCGUGACACCAAUGUCAUAGAUAAUAAUUAUCUUCACGACAUUAGAUUCGAUGCUUCGUCCGAAGCCGAAACGUCUAGCAUGACGAACAAAUUGUUGCCACAAAAGACUAUGGAUGUUGCCUCGGUACAAAAUACAUCUAGCGCAUAUAGUAGUGCUGCUUCUAGCGCAAUGGGUAACCACAAUGCUAACAGUUUGUACCUGACCGAUCUUAUCGGUAACAACGCCCUCAAGUCCGCUAGUAUGCUACUUAGUAUUGAAGACUUUGAUGUUAGUAGGACCAGUCGUCAGGUGUUCAUAUAAUUAGGUGAGCAGACACUAUCACCAUCAACGUCAGCAUCACCAUCACCAUCACCAUCACCAUUAUCGGCACCAAUACCAACGCUACUACAACCACCACCACCUGUACCACCGAGACGAAGAAGAAGAAAAAAAAUUAUAAACG